AUGUCGCAAGCCAUAAAAGACAGCUUUCUCGAUCUCGAACGCCAUAGGCAGCUUCUAGAAGACAAUGUCGAGAAGCUUCGUAAAUCCCUGCGCCACUGGCAGAUGUGGGAAGCUGAGUAUGAAGGGUUGAAGGAAGAGAUCUUAUCCGCAGAACCUACGACCGACGAAGAGCUGCUGCAAAUUGGGAACAACUAUGGUGGAGAGCUCGUCACUCGGAAAGAGAUAAAUGAAAUUCUUGGUACUGCCUCCAAACGAAGCCCUGCUCAAGUCGUAAAUGUGCUCGAUCGACGAAUGGAUUAUGUCCAACAAAAUGUUUCCACCGUACAGAAACAACUCGAUGCCGCGGAACACAAACUUGCAGCAGCUACGGUUAUCAGUCAUCCAGAUGUGAGAAAUGAGGAGGGUCUGCCUUUAACCGAUAUAGUCGAGGAGUUAGAUGAUGACGGCAAUAUCAUCUCUAGCCAUACAAACACCCCCGGGAGUAGUAAACCUCAAUUACUGGAAGUGUUGAAGAAGGCCAGGCUAGAAAAUUUACCAGAAGGACCCUCAGAUCAGAUCGCCUCAACCUCGUUGAACUCAAAAAUACCUGCUAGCGAUGUGAAGAACGUACCUGAGGGCGGAAAUGAAGAUGUUCAGAGUCGAGUAGCUACGCCAAAGGUGGCGAAGAAGGCUGUAAAAUUUGCGGAAGACACGAAACCCGGUCCAAGUUUAGAGAAAUCUCAAACAGAGAAAAGAGUUGAACAAAUCAUGAGCUUGGCCAGGCGGUCGCAGGAGAUGCCCUCUGACCCACCGAUUAUUCCUACGAAUGAGUCUCCAGAAGAUGCAACGCUUCGUCAAAGCAUGCUAAAUUAUGGCCUCUCUGAAGUAGGAUCUGUGGUAGCAGAACUAGAAAUCGAAGAAGGCAGUGACUGGAGUGGUGAUGAAUUUGACGAUGAUGAGGCGAGUGCUUCUGAUGAUGAAGAUACGUAUGGAAGGUCCACCGGACGUGUUGUCGAUGAAGAGCUACGUGAACGGAUGCGAGAACUAGAAGCCCGACUUGGUGUGAGGAUGAUGGAAAAUAUAGGCAAAAAAGCUGAUGAUAUUGACAUUACCUCGGAAGGGAUCGGACGUGUCUCAAUUAAUGGGACGGAACGAGGACCAGGAAAAGAGACAUCUGAAGAGGACGGAGGUGAUGCCAAAAAGUCGGUACGAUUCUCUAAAGAUAUCGAUAUAUCACCUCCUCCCCAGCCGGCUAUCUCUUUGCCAUCUACCAAGCAGGCACCAAUCAGUGAUAUUGUGGAGCGUACAGCGCCAGUGCAAGAAGUCACUAUCGCUCCUACGAAGCGAACAUCUCGAUUCAAGCAAUCUCGCGCUUCGCCAGUUGCCAGCGACGUUGCAGCUGUAUCUCAACCGAAAAUGGAACUCCCCUCCAUGUCGAAAUUCAAUCUCCCAACAGAGCAAAACAUUCAGACUGUGCCCACAGGACCCGAAGGAACGACGCUGGCUUCUACCGUCGUCGAGCGAGAUAUCCCUGUUGAUGCCUUCCCGGCAGAGCCGGACGAAUUAGACCCUAAUCUUCUACAUCAAGAGGUCGCUACGCAAUAUCACAAGGCACGUAAUCGAUUGAUACACCGCCAAGGUGGCUUCCUGAAGGAAGAGGAGUCUGAAAUCGUACCCUUUACGGAGGAAGAAGGGGGACCGAAGAAAUUGAGUAGAUUCAAGGCUGCACUGUUGGCUAGUAGAUAG